AGUGGGCCUAUUGUUCUGUUCAUGCAGAUCUAUGCAGACAUUGAAAAGUAGUUGUGACUAUAAAACGACAAGAUCCACGAGUUAUCUGUUUUGUUUGAAAUUGAAUACUGUAUCACCAUCUUCAGCAAAGAUGCCACGUAUAUUCUAUAUACCACCUGACGAUUUUGAGCCAGUGCCGGAAUGGAUGAAUGAUUCCAAACUUUGUAAGUCAAGAAAAGUUGGAGGCGGAAGCGGAGAGUCUGCGAGACUGAUGAAGAAAGGAAGAGAGCAGAAGACAAAAGGAAGUAGAUACAGGAAGGAGAUAGAGAGAGCGAGGAGAUAUGAAGAGAGCAUAAAGAGGAAAGAAAGGAUGGUGAAGGAGGAUAGAAAGAGGAGUACGAUGGCGGAUGGUCCCGAGAAAACACGGAUGGAUGUGAUAGAAGCCGGAAAGAAUGGACCGAAAGUAGCGAAGAAGGAUAAUAAUAUAAGAGAUGCUGGAAAGAGGUGGCAGCUGGGAGAUGUAUACAGACUGGCUCUUGAGAAAGACGCAGACAAAACUGGAAGGUCAAAAUUGGGAAGGAAGAAUCUUAGCAGGAGACAUAAAGAUUCGAGGAAGGAGAGAGUUGUUGUUGAGGUGGAGCGAGUUGGAGGCAGAGAGAAGGUGAAGGAAUGGAUUGAUAAAGUUCAGCUGGCGAGUCUGAUGACCACCAAUAUCCAGGAGGUCAGCUCGGAGGCUUUAAUUAACAACAAGGACAUGAACGUUGAUCGAUUUGACAUCGUACCUCCAUGGCCGAUCUCACGCUAUUGCAUAGAAGAUCCGGACUUCAAGUUAAACGUACAAGAUCAUUGCUACACCAGCGACCCCACAGACGGCCGUGACCUUGGUGUGCAGCCUGUAAAUAUUAUGUACUGCCUGUUUGGCCGCCCAACACCUGACACCGGGGAUAUCAAUGAACACUCGGAUGAACCGACAACCCUUAGAGUGAAGUGUCAGAAAAGUAAAUCUCUUCGGAAACGAAUUUCCUCGGUUCUCCAUAGAUUCGUUGGCUUCUUUCUCAGACCAAGAUGAAAGCGAAACCAUCACUGCGCCAUUCUGGAUGACCCUUGUCAUCAUGUGGAAAUGAAACAAAUCUUUCGUAUUAUAGAAAGAAUUCUUGUAUGUCUGUUCAACAUUUUUUAUAAAGUGUACAUAAAGUGCUUUUCGUUUCAAUGUAUUAUCUCUGUCAAGACUGAAUUAAACUGUCUC